CCAAGCCGUGCACUGGCCGCGCCCCAUGUGGGACAGGCACAUUUCCCCCGGCUCACGGCACCCUGUCCCUGCCGCGGGGCUCCGGGUGCAGCCGGCAGAAGGUGCAGAGUGUGGCCAGAGCCACACACGCCGCCAGCCACUGUGUCAACAGGAGCCGGCCGCGCUGCUGGUGUUGUGUACAGCUCAAUAUCUCCAGGGUAGCCGGGCAGACAAGUGGGAUGGGGAGAUGCAGCCUCCUGAACACCUCCAAGCCCUGGCCGGGGGGCAACCAUGGGGCCAGGCCCACAGCCUCCCCAGGAGGGCAGAACGGCUGUGCCAGUGCCUGAAGAAGGAAGUGGGGAGAACCAGGCUGGGCUGGAUGUGCCCUGCUGAGCCCUCCCACGGGUAACGGGGGCAGCAGCGAGGGGACAGAGCAGGGAGCAGCACACCCCACAUGGGGCACCCCCACUCACAGGCUCCCCUCGGCCCCAAGCGAGGACACGAAGGGGACAGCGAGGACCAGCAGCUGGCGGUGGCUCUUCGCAUCCGUCCGAUGAGCGCAGCCGAGCUGGCGGAGGGGGCCAGGCCCAUCGCCGACCGCGUGGACGAGCAGGUCGUGGUGCUGCGAGACCCCAUGGAAGACCCCAAUGAUGUCCUGCGUGCCAGCCGCUCCCGGGAGAAAUCAUAUAUCUUCGACGUGGCCUUUGACUCCACAGCCACCCAGGAGACCGUGUACCGUGCCACCACCCAGGGCCUCAUCGCUGGUAUCAUCUCCGGCUACAAUGCCACCAUCUUUGCCUACGGCCCUACUGGCUGUGGGAAGACCUACACCAUGCUGGGCACCGACAGUGACCCUGGCAUCUGCACCCGCGCCCUGGGUGACCUCUUCCAGGCCAUCAAGGACACCAGUGGUGACAUGGAGUACCAGGUCUCCAUGUCCUACCUCGAGAUCUACAAUGAGAUGAUCCGGGACCUGCUGAACCCCUCUCUGGGCUGCCUGCAGCUGCGGGAGGACGCCAGCGGCACCAUCCAGGUGGCUGGCAUCACUGAGGUGUCCGCCAUCAACGCAGAGGAGGUCAUGCAGCUGCUGGCACGGGGGAACAGGCAGCGGACUCAGGAGCCCACGGCCGCCAACUGCACCUCAUCACGCUCCCAUGCAGUGCUGCAGGUCACUGUGCACCAGCGGUGCCAGGGCAGGGGGCUGCACUGUGGCCGCCUCUUCAUGAUCGACCUGGCGGGCUCCGAGCGGGCAGCGCAGACGCAGAACCGCGGGCAGAGGAUGAAGGAGGGAGCCCACAUCAACCGCUCGCUGCUGGCCCUGGGCAACUGCAUCAAGGCCCUGAGCAACCAGGCGAGCACUAAGUACAUCAACUACCGUGACAGCAAGCUGACCCGCCUGCUCAAGGACUCGCUUGGGGGCAACAGCCGCACGGUGAUGAUUGCCCACAUCAGCCCGGCUAGCACUGCCUUCGAGGAGUCCCGCAACACCCUCACCUACGCCCACCGCGCCAAGAGCAUCCGCACCACGGCAAAGCUGGUGCGGCGCGUCCGGCAGAGCCAGCAGCAUGCACAGCAGCUGGAGGAGGCCAUGCGGCGUCGGAGCAGCUUGGAGGAGCAGCAGGAAGUGAUGGCCCUGCGUUGCCAUCUGCACCAGCUGGAGCUGGAGACUGCAGAGACGCACUCCCGCACCCUGCUCAAGGGAGGCCUCCGGCACCUGCCAGCUGCUGCCGCACAACACUUCGACCGGCACCGGGCCCUCUGCACCCGCAUCAUCCACCAGCAGCGGCAGCUCAUCACUGACCACCGGCUGUCGGUGCCACAGACACUGGAGGAGCUGUAUGAGACCUACCUGCAGGAGCUGGAGGGGGGCCCCAGGGACACCAGCACCCUCAAGGGCACAUCCCUGCCCAAGAUCCCACAGAUGACCGGCACGGAGAGCCUGCCGAACUUAGACUGGGACAGCGUGUGCACACAGAGCUGUGAACACCCUACGCUGCUGCAGCGUGAUGCCCUCCCACCCCUGCACCCCACAGGGGACAGCACCCAGACCCCCAUGUUCAAGAAGACCCCAGGGACACAGCAGCUGGGGAGCACGGUGGUGCCCACCCCACCUCCUGGCCAGCACACAGUGGCCCAGCAGCAUGUGUCAUGGGCCAGCCUGAGCACCUGGCAUGACUCCUCCUCGGGCAGUGGGACCAGCUUGGAGGCGGCAUUGGCAGCAAGCAGAGAGCAACGGGAGAUGUCAAGCAGCAGCAAGAGCAUCAUGGCUAAGGCUGCCCAGCACCGAUCCUGCAUCCUAGAGAGCACCAGCUCACACCCACCAGGGUCUGCAGAGGAGCGGGGUGGCCCUGGGCUGCAACACACCACCAGUGAGGACAGCUUGGCAGGGACGGCCACCCACUCCCCAGGCACCUGGCUGCGGGCGCGCAAGAAGGGCAGCAAGGAGCUGGGGAGGAAGGAGGAGUUGCUGGGUGGCAGAAGGAGAUCGAGGCGGUCAUGGUCCUUCGAGGUCACCAGCUGUGGGCUGGUGGCCCCCAAGGGCCCCCCACUGUUGUCCAACACACUGCAGAGCCACUCUGAGCACGGUGUGCUGGCGGGGAUGCAGGCAGCCAGCACCCAGGGACCCCGCAAAGCCCUGCCUGGAGCAAAGCCCCAGUACGGCCAGCCAUCAGCUCCCCUGCCAGCCCCAGGAAGGGCCAGCACCCGUGGCUUGUCUGCGUCACCAGGAACGGUGCCAGUGCCUCCAGCAAGGAUGGAGGGAGUCACUGGUACUGAGCCAAGUGCCUUGCCAGAGGGGGGCCAGAUCCUGUGCCAAGCCAGCAGGCCCAGCGCCCAUCCUGCCAGCCCCAGCACCAUGCGGCAUACCCUGUGCCGAGGGCUGCCUGUGGCACCCCAUGCCCGUGCAGCGCCCUGGUGCCAGCCCUGCUGUGGGCAUGGCUGGCAGAGAGAGGCAGGGAGCAGGGCAGGGGGCCAGUCCUCCCCAUGCCAAACCCAUCCCGAGGCAAGGACCCAAGUCCCUGGGGAAGGACACAGCCGUGCUUGUCAGUGACCCUGGCCGGAGCCACGCGUCUGCUCCAGAAAGGGCCCCUGUGGGUACUGAGCACCCGGGGGACGCUGCCAACCACCCAGCAUCACCAGACACCAAUGCAUCUGCCUGGGUGCAGGAUGUCUGGACGGGUGUUUGUCCUUCCAAGGGGUUACAUUAAAAGGAGACAUGCUGA